CCGAGCGCAGUGCCUCGUCUUUUAUUGUGUCAGGCAGCUGCUUCCGGCGCGGGGGAUGUGGUGGCGGACUACGACCCUUCGCUAAAUUAGCUGGCAGCAGCCUUCCAGGACACCUCGUACGGAGCCCCGGAGCCCUCAGUGCGAUGAAUAUGGCUGCCGAGCUCUCCACCUCCAUAAACAUCAAGGAGCCCCGCUGGGACCAGAGCACCAUCGUGGGCCGUGCUAAGCACUUCUUCACCGUCACCGACCCGCGGAACAUCCUCCUCACCAACGAACAACUAGCACACGCACACAAAAUCGUCACGGACUACAGGCAAGGUAUAGUCUCCCCGGGGCUGACGGAAGACGAGCUGUGGCGAGCCAAAUAUGUUUUUGACUCGGCAUUCCAUCCGGACACUGGAGAGAAGAUGAUCCUGAUUGGCCGCAUGUCAGCGCAGGUCCCAAUGAACAUGACCAUCACUGGCUGCAUGAUGACCUUUUACAAAACGACUCCAGCCGUGUUGUUCUGGCAGUGGAUCAAUCAGUCCUUCAACGCAAUAGUCAAUUACACCAACCGGAGCGGCGACGCUCCCAUCACAGUCAGCCAGCUGGGCACGGCGUACGUAUCUGCCACCACCGGGGCAGUCGCUACCGCUCUCGGACUAAACGCACUAACAAAGCACGUCUCACCUCUGAUUGGACGCUUUGUUCCAUUUGCUGCUGUAGCUGCUGCCAACUGCAUCAACAUCCCACUGAUGAGGCAAAGAGAACUCCAACACGGCAUUCCCAUAACAGACGAGAAGGACAACAGGAUAGGAGAGUCCACCAAAGCCGCCCAGCAAGCUAUCUCUCAGGUUGUGGUCUCCAGGAUCCUCAUGGCCUCUCCGGGAAUGGCCAUCCCGCCCUUUUUAAUGAACCAUUUGGAAAAGAAGGCCUUUUUGAAGAGGUUUCCAUGGAUGAGUGCACCUAUUCAGGUCAGCCUGGUGGGAUUCUGCCUGGUGUUUGCGACCCCGCUGUGCUGCGCCUUGUUCCCCCAGAAGAGCUCGAUAUCAGUUAGCCGCCUGGAGCCCGAGCUGCAAGAGAAGAUCCGUGCCAGCCACCCAGAAGUGGAGAGAGUCUACUUCAACAAGGGGCUAUGAGAGCCCCCCUGCCCCCCCCAGCCUCCACACGCCCUCAUUCAGGUUGGGUCUCCUCAUUUCACGCACAUAUCCAAGGCUUCAGUCAGGGUGAUAUUCUUCAAAUGGCUUACCUGUGCAGUAUUUCUCUUCACAUUCUUGACUUUGGUUUCUAUUUUUUUAGCCUCUAAUUAUUCUCAAAUGUCUGCAAUCGUGCCAAAUCCACAUGACCUCCUUUUAUUACAUCGUUAUACUUAAAUCUCUAUACAUUUUUGCCAAAAAGCUUCUUAAUCACUGGGGACCCAUGAAAUAUGGUGCUAUUUAAAACCUUCAAAAUAUCUUUGUUCAUCAUAGUAUUUAUUUUGCUUGACAAACAGGCACCAGAAACCAGGGUUGUUAUUCAUGUUUCCUCCUCUAGUCGCCUUUUUUUAGGUUGAACAAAACCCAUCUAAUGUAAUAACACAGUUUUUUUUACAUCAGUAGUGUACAAUUUGUAUUUUAAAAUCAGACUAAUUAAAGUUAAAAUACCACUGAUAGUCACACACACACACUAGGUGUGGUUGAAUUAUUCUCUACAUUUGACCCAUCACCCUUAAUCACCCCCUGGGAGGUGAGGGGAGCAGUGAGCAGCAGCGGUGGCCGCGCCCGGGAAUCAUUUUUGCUGAUUUAACCCCCAAUUCCAAGCCUUGAUGCUGAUUGCCAAGCAGGGAGGUCAUGGCUCCCAUUUUUAUAGUCUUUGGUAUGACUCCCAACCUACUGAUCUCAGGGUGGACACUAACCACGAGACCACCGAGUAGGUUGAGUGUUCAAACAAAAAAUCCCACACGGUGGUGGUAAAAUAAACCAUUACGGGGCCAAAUAGAGUUGCAAGUGCAAGCACUUUAACAAAGAAGGUGGGAAACACGACUGAAUUGAAGAAAUAACUCGUAGCAAAGUACGUCCAUCUUCAGCAGCUUUUGCUAAACUUAGGUUUUACAGAUGCCAUGUCUUAGUGUUUAAAGGUAUUUAAGGCCACGUUUUUGGGUGGAGGAGAAUAAGUUGGAGCCGCCUGUUGAAGGUGUGACAUUGCAUUGAUCAAAGUGGUGUUGAAUUGGGGCAAAGACCACCAUUUGAGGAAAUACAUGCCUCAUUAAAGUAUCAUUUGAAGUUGACAUCCUGUAAGGAGUAUCAAUCAAUAGCACUUCAUUAAAAAUAUAUAUAUAUAUAUAUAUAUUGAUUUCCUUUAUGAAGAUGAGUGUUUGGUAAAUAUGUGCUCAAUAUGAUGGGUUUUGGAGGCAAAUACUAGAUUUUAUUUUUACACCUUAUCUCAAGUCUAUUGCAUGUACCUCUAGCAGUAUUUCAUGAAGUAGGAAGAAGACAUCUAGAACGUGCAGCACAAGAAGUCAGGUGACUCCUACCUGAGCUGCGCUGGUUACUUCUCACAUCUGGACAGGUGGUGUCAAUGACCCGUUCUAAAUCCAGGAUGGGAUAGAGGGAAAAAAGGUUAAAUCGAGUGUUUAAGUGAAGAUUUUAUCCAAUUAGUGCAAAUGUUUACAUCAAAUGUUCAAUGUUCAUCCUGGUGUGAUCGCUAUUAAGAUGUUUAAUAUAAUAUCAAAUCUAUUGUUGUACUGUACAAGUGACUUGAUUUAGUGGGGUUGCUGUUCCCUAGCUGCUGAGUGGCUUUUCUUCUUGUCGUCUUUAAAGUAACUGAAUGUAACUUUUUCCUGCUACGACCAAGUCUUUUAGACCAGAAAAAAGCACAAAGUCAUGACAGUCCUUUUUUUCCUGACCAAUGUUUAUCACCUUUUACCAGCUGAGGGAGUCGCACAAGAUGAAUAAUUCAAUGUUUACUGGACAUUUCUCGUCUCCAAAUCUGAAAACUACCACAGUGGAACCUUUAAAGUCAAACAGAUCGUUCAGAACAAUGUCACCCCCCUGUCGGAAAUAAGGGGGCCACAUUCUUUCAUUCCAGACUUAAAACUGCAAUUAAACUAAAAGAGUAAAACUACUCACCUUUUGAAGAGCCGUCCCUGACUGACACAUACAGGACACAUUUUACAUGCACAUUUUUGAAACUUGUUUGCAGUAAACAAAACAAAAUAUGCAAUAUUAGAAACAAUCAUUGGAUUUCAAUUCUAUGCUUAUCAACAAAGUUUGCCAAGAGUUGGGAGACAUCAACAAAAAGCCAAUGAAACACUUGAGUAGUCCAUCACUUCCAUGGCUCACUGAACACAUUUUCUGAAGGUUUCAACUUCAAGUUUGCCCGACUUGUGAGGUUCCACUGUAUGUACAGCCUCAGAUAUACUCAUCUUGUGGAGGAUCAACACAUCACGUAUUUCUACAAAAAAUGGCAUUUGGUUGUGCAGUACACUGACUCCAUGUGUGUUUGGAUGAAAUAAAACAAAAAUGGAUAAAUUGAGAGCAGCGUCUUCAGGUUCAUGACAACACAGCAGUGACUUGACCACAAUGUUGUGUUUUUAAUUCCAAGGCACAAAAUGCUUUGAAGAACAAUCAGAGGAAACUUUUAAGCGUAGUUUGGCCGCACACAUGUGAAGCUUUGUCAAUGUUUUUUGAAGAGUCUGGCAGUGAGGACCGAGGUUGCACUGUUUGUUGGACUUUAAAAAAUGCAAAAAGGGGGGAAUAAAAACAGUGCCCAUUCAUGACUGUAAUAAUAUUCAACUAGUGAGAUAGGCACCAGCGCCCCCCGCGACCCCGAAAGGGAAUAAGCGGUAGAAAAUGGAUGGAUGGAUGGAUAGUGCCACAACUUGUGUAUUUGACUGUUGAUACCUUGCGGCCACACACUUUGAGGCAGUAACACAAACACCAACAACUUGUGUAUUUGACUGUUGAUACCUUGUGGCCACACACUUUGAGGCAGUAACACAAACACCAUCCAACGUGUGUAUUUGACUGUUGAUACCUUGCAGCCACACACUUUGAGGCAGUAACACAAACACCAUCCAACUUGUGUAUUUGACUGUUGACACCUUGCAGCCACACACUUUGAGGCAGUAACACAAACACCAUCCAACUUGUGUAUUUGACUGUUGAUACCUUGCAGCCACACACUUUGAGGCAGUAACACAAACACCAUCCAACUUGUGUACUUGACUGUUGAUACCUUGCGGCCACACACUUUGAGGCAGUAACACAAACACCAUCCAACUUGUACCAACACACUGAAGCCUCAGCACAAAAAUGUCAUGUAACAGCAAAUUAAGAUCAUCCAUCCAUUUUCUACUGCUUAUUCCCCUUUGGGGUCGCUGGUGCCUACCUCAGCUACAAUGGGGCGGAAGGCGGGGUACACCCUAGACAAGUCGCCACCUCAUCACAGGGCCUACACAGAUAGACAGACAACAUUCACACACUAGGGACCAUUUAGUGUUGCCAAUCAACUUAUCCCCAGGUGCAUGUCUUUGGAAGUGGGAGGGGCCUAUCCCCAGGUGCAUGUCUUUGGAAGUGGGAGGGGCCUAUCCCCAGGUGCAUGUCUUUGGAGGUGGGAGGAAGCCGGAGUACCCGGAGGGAACCCACACAGUCACGGGGAGAACAUGCAAACUCCACACAGAAAGAUCCCGAGCCUGGAUUUGAACCCUGACUACUCAGGACCUUGGUAUUGUGAAGCCCCCAAAUUAAGAUCAGUCACCGAACAAAAGCUCACAUGAGCCAAGCAGCGCACACACCGUUGCCACGGAAACAUGUAAAACCUGUGGUGUCUGUGGCGCUCCACUUUGGAAUGUGCUAGACUUUCCAAUGGCACCACACACCGGCUCCACCCAUUU